AAAUGUUUUAACGUGGGGUGAAGGUCGUGAUUGCUGUGAUAUAUUUGGAGAGGAGUCAUCAUGGACAGUGAGGUAGUGAGAGAUGGACGUUUAAUGGAGAUGGUGGAUGAGAAAUGGAGAGAGGACAAGUUACCAAUGGAGGACAUUGCUGUCCCUCAGAUGGAACUGCCAGAACUGGAACCUGACAAUGGCCCCAGCAAUGAAACGCUCCGAGAACAGGAACAGAAAUGGACAGACUUGGCUCUUUCACGUCUCCAUGAACAACCACCACUGACAAACUGCAAUAGCUGAAAAUGGACCUCCCCUGAGUACAUGUUUAUUAUACACAGUGUAAAGUUCAGAGAGACUGUGCUAUCAUCGCCAUAGCUGUGGAUUGUCCUCAGUGCUGUGAUCAAAUAAACAAUUUUUGAUUAUCCCUACAAAAACACCUUUGAAAUGACUGAUCUAUAGAUUUUCAUUGGAUAUUGAUGGAAUUCAUGACACACUUUAUUCUUCCUGAAACCAGAAAACAAAUGCAAUGAUUUUUGGGACUCAAAUAUAUAUACUUCAGUUCUGGAUCUUGGACUCAUCUAAGAGAUUUCCUGAAUUUUUAGUAUCCUCUUAUCUCUUAGAAUUGGGAUCUUCAGAAUUUUGGAGAUGGUGUUUUUGAUUUACCUGAAAUACUGAACUCUCAAUCAUAGACAGUAAGCAUUUUACUGAUAUAAUGUUUUAGAAUUCAUAAAUAAAAUUUCAUGUAAUA